GGUAGCUCUUCAGAACAUAUCACGACAGUAUACAGUAUGGACAUCGAGAGACUCGUAAGGACGCACGUAUCCACGGCAGAUUUGAAUCCGUCUCAGGAGCUUGUUCAAGGUGUCAACAGUGGUCAAGUACAACUACUACAAGUGGUAAAGGCUUUGGGGAAUUACCUCACCUCUACAGAAGAUGAUAUCAGGCUUAAAGGGUUGACGUUUUUAACCAAUCUCCUGGGUGUUAUCAUACCUGGGAAGAUCAAUCGUCAGGCGACAACGACCUUGACAAACUUCUAUAUCUCAAAAUUAGAUGACUUUGAGUCAUUACCGCCAGCUCUAAGUGGAUUAACUACACUUUCGAAGUUAACGACGUUCGAUGACACUGCAGCGGUCGAUGUUUAUAAAGGGGUCGUGGAGAAUGUCAAUAUCAAAGCAUAUGCGCAAGCUAUAAGACACCUUGUCUACGUCUUGUUCGACAGCUUACUAGCAACACAUCGAGAUGCUCUGAAGAAAAUGGGAACCGCUUUCAUCAAUUCUUAUACCAAAAUCGUCGACGGCGAGAAAGACCCUCGGAACCUCAUGCUUCUUUUCUCAAUCGACCGAGUAAUCCUUUUGGAGUUCGACGUCAAGGAUCAUAUCGAAGACUUUUUUGACAUCACAUUCUGUUACUUUCCCAUUACCUUCCGCCCACCUCCUAAUGAUCCUUAUGGCAUUACUGCGGAUGAUUUGAAACUUGCUCUCCGAGAGUGUAUGGCAUCUAAUCCCUAUUUUGCAAAGAUGGCAUUGCCUCUCUUUUUAGAAAAAUUCGCCACUGCUACGGGUGCUACUAUGAAAGAUCUAAUGCUCACCAUGGCCGCUUGUUUCCCAACUUACGGUGCCGAUGCGGUCAAUGAACGUAGCAAAGAACUCUGGGAGGGCAUCAAGACCGAGAUACUUUACUCCUCUGAUUCAACUAUUGAAGCCGCUGCCCUUUCUGCUCUUGAAUCACUCAUGCGCGCACUCUACCCUAAUGAGGACAGUGUUCCGUCAGGUUUGGCGCAGGAGAUCAUUCAGGAAUGUAUGAAGUCCCUGGAGGAACCAGAAAAGAAUCAGGCUUUAGGUUCGACCAAGAUUAUUGCCGCGAUCUUCCGAGGUUCUCCCUCGGCCGGUAAAUUCGCCCUCUCGCAAGUAUUCCCUCAGCUUUUCCGAACAUUCAACACUCCCACUGUACCUUCUCACCGUGCUCCUCUCCUCACAGCCAUCUCUUCAAUUCUUCUCGCUUGUCAAUCUACCUACAACUCUUCCUCUCGAUCACAUGAGCAAGAGCAAAAUUUGGAACCCUAUCGAGGGGACCUUUUGGAUAUUCUGAGGGAAGGUUUAAGGACGGAUGGCUUGAAAGGACCGGCCAUCAAAGGGUGUAUUGCUCUUGUUGGUGUUCAAGGCUAUUGGAGCCGAAAGGAAGUGGAGGAUGUUGUUAGGGGGAUUGACGAAAUUCUGAUCCAUGACGAAAAUCAGGAAAUUAGACCGGAAGUCAUUCAAGCACUUAUCACAAUCUCCAAAUCCCAUCCCACUGUCAUCGAGUCGCUUACUCUCCCGCUCUUAUUCCACAACCUUCCUAGCUCGGCGCCUUCCGUAGAGGACUUCACGGCGAGGGAGCGAUAUCGGUCUAUCCUUGGUUCAUUAGGGAGGCUCUGCAUUCAGCCAGCUCUGUGGGGCACAAUGAUCGUGAGGGUCACUAGCAGACUUGACGUAUUGGUCUCCGCUACUCCUGAAAACUCAGAGGGAGCUGAUGUGGAAAUGGACGACAUAGAUGCUAGGGAAUGUAACAUUGCCUAUGCGUGGGACCUCCUCAACUCCUUGCUCACGGUGAUAGAGGCGAAGGUCAAACAAAAGCAUAUGGAUGUGGGCAAAUAUUACGAAGAGUUGAUGCCGAGAUUGCUGGGUUUGGUAGUAAGAGCGUCUCAGCAAAAGGUUGGCGAAAGCGGAGAACCUUUGUUCAAAGACAGGAGAUUGGUGGCGAUCGUAAGCAAGAUUGAGGAAAAGAUGAUCUGGGAACUUGGCGCCGAGAAACAAGAGAAACAGUUCAACCUUGUGUACAGAGCAUUCGAGCAGGGAGAGAUGGUUGGUAUAGUACACGAAAAGUCAACGGUUCAAUCUUCUAGCCCUUUACGUACUAGCGCAUCAUCCGCAGAGCAAGACCUCAUUGCGCUCUACUCUUCGGCCCUCCAAGGCCUUUCACCCCCUGUUUCUCUUCCAUUGGCGUCAUGCGGUGAGUAUCUGAGAGGGAAGAUCCACUGGACUAUUCACGUCGCAAGGGAUGACUGGCAGGUUAAAUGGGGACUGCAGAUGGUUUGUGCAUUAGUGAAUAAGAAGGACAAUGAUCUCAAAGAAGCCUUAGAAGGGGUUUUGGAGAAGAUUUGGGCAGAGGUGCAGGAUACUACUCAAGACUUUGAGGUCAGACGCAGAGGGCUACUGGUUUACUUCCACAUCAUCAAAGCCCUUUCACUCCUACGCCAGCCAUUAGCAUACACAGCCCUUGACAAAGUCAUUGAAGUGUUGGGAUUGUUCAGCAUGGACCCUGAGUUUGUCAGUGAGGCAGCGAGAGCUUUUGGUGUGUUGGCGAAGAAGGGUGACGGACAUUUGAUUGCCAAGCUCCUUUACGCUCAAAAAUUGUGGAACUUUGUGCUUCCGAAACUGAUUGAAGGGGAUAAGGAAGCUUCUGGCAAAGAAAGGAUAGUGUACCUUGUCGCUUUUGCCUCUCUCUUGCCUCUUGUUCCUCCCUCUCUUUGUCUCUCCGACCUUCCUACUAUCCUCCCACUGAUUCAACGAUCCUUGACACUGUCGUCCCCUGUUCAGAGGACGAACGUGAUCCACGCCCUCAUCUCCAUUCUUGAGACCCCUUCAUCCCCAUCUACUGAUACUAUCCUUCAUUCUUCUGCCUCUUCCCUCGUUUCAGCCCUUCUAACCUCCUCCGUUCCAUCUCCGGAAACCCCUACCUCCUCAAAAGUUAGACAAUCCGCCCUCGCUUGCCUGGCCAUUAUUCCCGAUACGAUCAGGUUUGAAGUGCUGUAUAAGCAGAAAGCAGAGGUGAUCAAGGAGCUGGGAAAUGCGGUGGACGACCGAAUCAGAAAUGUGAGAAAAGAAGCUGUUGAAUGCAGGGCAAGGUGGUAUAGGUAUGGUCAGGCGACUUAGUUGUAUCAAUAUCGCAUAAAGGGUUUGUUAAAUUUGGGGCAUAGAUUACAAGUACUUUUGCAUACCAACAACCUAAUUAACUACAUGCAGAUGAGCUCCCAAAAAUCGA